AUGCCAUAUUCAUCAGAUGUUCGAUCUCAAUCAGCCAAAAAUACUGAUGACAUCUCUGGAGCCUUCUCAGGAAUGAACUCAUUGCCAAACAGUUCCAAAGAAAGCACUGAAUACAACCAACUAGAGCUUCAGAAGAAAAUAAUUGGUAAUAAGAAAAUUGGAUUUGGCUCUGGACUGAACAGGGAUGAUGGUGGAUGUUCAGCAACAGUUGGAGGUCCAUUGGCCAGAUUACAUGGUCCAGCUAAGCAACGUAUGGUGAAGGCUCUUUCUGCUCAGCCGUACUACCCUGUAUUUCCUGCCUCACAGGAUGCUAGUUCCAGUUCAUCUUCCCAACAGACUAAAGUGGUCAAUCAGAUGUUAGCAUUUCCAGAACAUCAUCAAGGUAUAUAUCCUGCCCAUCCUUCAUUGCAAUCAAGCAUUGAAGGCAAUACCACAUUUAUGGCACUUCAUUUCGAAGAGCCGCAUUACCAAGAAAAUGUCAGUUUGACUGAUGGUCCUAGUAUUUUGGGAAUGAACCGUGGUGGAGAUAGCAAUCUAGACAUCAACAAGGAUUAUACUGUUGGUGUAUCUAACGACAUGCCAAGGAUGGAUUUGCAGGAUGAAACAGUGACAGGGAAAACUGAUUUUGACCAGAUGAAUUGCCAGAGAUCAAUUGAUCAUCGUGAAAAUACUGCAUUUCAUUCUCUUGGCACAAAUUCUGAGUUUUCAAGAGCACCAACUUUUCUGCACCAGAGAAGCUCUGAGUUCACACAAUUGAACAGCCCUGCUAUCAAAGGUUCAGCAAGCUCUGGGAGUUCAUUGAUCAGACCAGGACCACAACCGAGUGGAUACAGUCCCUGUCCCACCUUGCCACCAAGGGUUGCAGCACAUGGAAGUGCAGUCAGUGCCACGUCUCAGCAACCUCAAGUCAUAAAGCCAAGUUACCAAGAGAAUGUUGAUUUUGCAGAAUUGAGUUCUCAAGGCGUUGAUGAAAUGGGCCUUGGUAGAGCUGAAAAUCCAGGCAUGUUGAUUGCUCAGAAGCUUCAUAAGAUCGAUGGCAAUUCAAUGACGCUUCAAGCAAUGAUAUUGCGUGAUAAAAAAGGGCGCUCUUUCAGGAGGGGAUCAAGUGAGGAUGUUUUGAAAAUGAUGUGGUUUCAUGAGAUGUGCAUUCGUGCACUGUUUGAUGAUAUCCCAGCCAUUAUCAUGGAUAGAUUAGCACAAAUGAAAGAUUUCUGCUCUGGUGUUACUAUGGGAAUGGAGAGGUCACGUUCUCCAAAUCAUUCAGCAGCUGCAGUUUCUUCUCCUACUAUUUCUGGCACUCCGAGUUAUUAUGCACUAAAGAUUUAUUCGCAUGCCAAGAAGCUGUACCUGUGUCCCAUGAUGGUUAAGUUGCUCCUUUUGGUUGUGUUUUGCAGCAUUGAUCAGUUUGGGAGCCGCUUUAUACAGGAGAAGAUUGCUACAGCGACACCUGAAGAGAAAGAUAUGGUUUUCAUAGAAAUCAUACCUCGUGUUGCUGAACUGGUGACCGACGCCUUCGCAAACUAUGUGAUCCAAAAGCUUAUGGAGCACGGAGCCCCCAGUCACAGAAGUAUAAUUGCUGAGUUCCUUGUGGGGAAUGUGUUGCGCCUAAGCUGUCACAAGCAUGGAUGUCGAGUAAUCCAAAGGGCUAUCGAAUUUGGUGAUCUUGAUCAGAAGAUACGAAUUGCCAAGGAGCUCGACGGCAAUAUCCUCAGAUGUAUAGAUGACCAAAAUGCUAACCAUGUUGUCCAGAAAUGCAUCGAACAUGUGCCACGACAACACAUAAAAUUCAUUUUUAAGAGCAUGUAUGGGCGUGUCGUGGAUUUAUCGGCUCAUCCAUACGGAUGUCGUGUCAUUCAGGGAAUUUUGGAGCACUGUGACGAUCCAUCAAUCCAGAAGGUUAUUCUAUCUGAGAUUAUGGAGCAAGUUUACUGGUUGGCGAAAGACAAAUAUGGUAACUAUAUCGUGCAGCACCUUCUGCAGCAUGGAAUUCCCCCUCUGCAAUCUGCAAUUAUAAGGAUAUUUGCUGGGAGGGUUAUGUCCAUGAGCCAGGGAAAAUUUUCCUCUAAUGUCAUUGAGAAGUGUCUAAUGCAUGGAAACUAUGAGGAAAAGCAAAUGAUUAUUAAUGAGGUCCUCGGCUCCGGUGGAGGCACUGAUGCCCUUGUGGUCAUGGUGGAUGAUCCAUACGCCAACUACGUCGUGCAAAAGGUGAUAGAGACCUGCGAAGAUUGGCAGCGCGGGAUGAUCCUUGGGCGCCUGAGGACCCAUCUCCGUGAGAUGAGCCACCAUACCUACGGGAGGCACGUUGUAGCACGCGUGGAGAAACUCAUCCGAGCUGGGGGCCGCCUCCCAGACUCCUCCGGGGAGCUAGAAACGGGCCUGCUGCGACCUGAACAAAGGAAGUUCAGACCUGUGCCCACAAUGGCAUAUAAGAAUCAGGAGGCAAUGCUAUGGAUGCUGUUCACCACAAAGGAUGGAGAGGAGGUUGAGGUUCCUGAGCCAGACUGGUGGGAGAUCCAAGGCCAUUGUAAUAGCAGAACAGAUUAUGUUCUUACUCCACACAGCUUGUCUGUAAAUCUGGGUCAUCUUUCUUCUCAUGUGUAA